CGGUUUGGGACGGAGGAGGUGAUGGCACGCUGUGGUGCUCAGGGACAAACCCCCCUGUGGGACUUCGUGUCCCUGGAUUGGCCAAAGCGCCUACUUUGGGGGUCUCCAGAGCUGGUGCAGCUGAAGAGGGGCCCCGGAAAUCCCCGCUGGGCCCUUCGGCACCCUCGAAACUUCUCUGGCGUUAAUUCAUUCCCUGAUUAAAACUCACUCCUGGAAAAUCCCGGGGUGGGAUUCACAUUUCUGGGAACGCGGGAGUGUGUGGGGCUGCUUGGGGUGCCCUCGAACGCCGGCAGCGUGGAUAACGUUCCCUCCUGGCAGCGAAUUCCGCCUGUCACCUUGGUGCUGUGCUGCUCGAACUUCCAUGCUGAGAUAAUUAGUAGCCCUUGUUGCUCUCGGGGGAAUUGAAGCUGUAUGAAGCAGAGGGCUUUAGUCGAAGUUCCCGCUGUUCCGUGCUGGCGUUCGAGCAUUCCUGCAGAUGAGAAAUUACAAAGCUGAAAAAAAAAAACCGCUUGGAAAGCUGGAAUUGGGAGCGGGUACUUGCCUGCUGCCGCACAACUGGAGUGCGGUGUGUGGGUCUACUGCGGUGUGCGUGCCACCGUAACCCUGCCGCUGUGCCGGGCUUUGCCGCGGCUCUUCGCCAUCACCCUCUGCUUGUAGAGUGGUUCUUUGUGUGUGAGCUGGGAGCGCUGCCCGUGCUGGGGGAGCGGCGGCACAGGGGGGACAAGAUGGAUCAGCUGGUGCAGUUGGGGGGUUUCAGUCCUUUUCCUUGAGAUUUGGUAGUUUGGCUUAAAAAUUCUCAGGUGCUGAAGGUUGUGUUUGGGAAGUUUGUUGUCAGGGAUGAGUUGUGGAGCUUCCCUCGCCUAUGGCUGAGCUGUGUGAGAGAGGUGGGACCGUCUGGCUGAGGUGUGGUGAGAGCUUGUGUGUCCUCCCUGCGCCAUGUGUUGCCACCGAUGAGCAGGUACGGUGGGGUGACAGGAGGAUUCAGCCUCAAAUCCGGUGCCCAGAUGUCUAAAACCAUAAACCGGUCGCUCUUGAGUUGCUACUUGUUAUAUUUUUAAGUUAUUCACAGGUGGCUUAUACCGGAGAGCUUUUUUUUUUCAGCCAGGCUUUGAAGAACGCCAAGGUGUACGUGUACCCGCUGGAACCAGGCUGUUCAAGCCCUCUCUGAGCCAGCGAGCCUGGCGUCCUCCCGUCAGUCUCUUCUGCCCUGAUAAGUGAGACUUAAAGCAAGCUAGUAAGCAAACAGCAAACUAUUGCACUCAUGAGCACCUUAGUUCAGUGCCAGCAGCAGACGCGAAACCUCUUCCCUGUAAACACAUGGAAGAUCUGAAAUCUCCGACCCUCAAAAAUGAAAUUCCCGUGUUUCAGUCCGUCAGGAGAGCGCUUUUGGGGCUGGCUGAGAGGGGCAGAGAGGGCGUCGCGAGGAGGCAGCUGAUACGGAGGUACUUGUAGGGCUGUGCCUGUCCCUGUGCUGUGAUUCCACAAAACCCACGCCUUUUGGGACAAAAUCCAUACGCUUGGGUUGUCCUGAGAUCUUGGCAGCUCUUUGGGCCGAGCAUGUCGCUGAUGAGCCAUUAGUGGUGGGGCUGGCGCACGGCGGAGGUUGGAAAGCAGGUUUAACUUUCACUUGGUGCACCCGUGUGGGAUAAACGCUGAGUGUCGCGUGGCUUUGGCUCUGCUUGUAACUCAGGCUGUCCUCAAAGGUUUCAUUUACAAUUACCGAAGCGUUUUUCACUCCUUUCUACUCUCCGCCGGUUGUCCCUGCACUGUUCUAUGAGCAGAAGAAACGAGGAAUUCAGAUUCCACAGUUUCCUCAGGCUGUCGCUAAAGACUCCGCCUCUUCAAAAUCUGCCUCGGGUGAACGGCCGGACUCUCAGCGCUCUUGAGAUUUGUCUUCCAGUUAUUUCAGGUUGUUCCUAGUGGGUGAUGUGAAACAAAUGCUGAGGUUGGGGCUGCGGGGAAGGUGAGGUCGGGUCCCAGGCAUCCCGCGUCCUCAGCUCUUGUGCUUCUGUCCGGUGCCGUGUGUAGGAGAUGCUGGAUGCAGUUGGUUUUGAUGAUCCAAAAUACCACGGAGCCGCACAGCAUGAGCUGUGGGCUGGUCUGUAGCUUGGAACUGGAAUCAGCAGCUGCUUAUUCUCCAUCCUCGAGACGUUCUCCUUACCUCCUUCCCAGAUUUAGAGCGUAAGGAGAUUACAGCCGGCUCGCAGCAGGGUAGCUGGGACGCGUGCUUGGAGAUCCUCCUGUCUCCGUGCUGAUGGAUGACGAGAAGGAGGCAAUUACGGGGUUUGUAUUGUAGAUAACAACAGCCCUUGUGUUUUCCUAGAUGGAGGUAACUCUCUUGGCCUUCCCGGCAAUGGGGAUCGCAGGUUUGCGGUGAUUUUGGGGCGUUAGCCCCUGCUGAAAACUGGGGAGCGGCAUAAGUUUCUUCCAGCGGCCACAAUACCACGUCUAAGGAGAGAAUUAGACUUUAGUCAUAGACAGUUUCUCCCAGUCGUCACCCAGAGGGGACUGGGGUUUUUGAGUUGUUCAUGAGUUGUGGAGGAGACAGAGGACAGAAUAUGUCAUUCACAAUUCCGUAUUAUUUUUAAAAAAAGUUGUUCUGAGAGCUCUGUUUGGUCACACAGAGCGGGUCCUGUGCUGGUGUCACCAGUCGGAGGAGGCUGCAGCGGGAAUGGGUUGGUGCUCAAGGCUUGGUAGAGCAUAUUUUCAGUCAUCCUCCUGGUUUUUGCCCAGCCCCUCUCCUCUCUGGCCUGAUAAAUCUCUGGGAGAUUUCAGAGCAGAGGCUCUUCAGCCUAGCUGACGGGGCUAGAGAGGAACCCAAAAAAUAGGUGUUAAAAUGAGACAAACCCAAACUAGAAACAGAGUGAACGCGUAGCGGCGAGAGCAGGUGCUUCCUGUCACCGUCUCUCACGCUUAGAUUUACCGCCGCUGUUCAUUUUUAGAAUCAAAACCGUAUUUAUUUGGUAAGGGAGCGUGCAGAUCAAGAAGGGGUUAACUGGAAGGUCCGGCAUGGGGUGGCUGCUCUGCCAAGUCCCGUCUGACAGUCAUCAGGUUGCUCUUCUCCGCUUGAAUGUCCUGGCCCUCCCCUUGAUAAAGUUAUUUCAGGAGCUUUAGGCGCUGGGGAAUGUGGUGAAGCUCGGCUUUGUGUCCAAGGCGGCGGAUUCUUGCACCUGUGAGGACGGGUAGGUUGAUCUUUCGCACUUAUCCCCAGAGGAGAGAUGGAGAGUGGAGCACGCACGGAUGCAUGCCAAGCACCGCGGUCACGAGGCUAUGCAUGCCGAAAUGGUCCUCAUCCUUAUCGCCACACUGGUGGUGGCACAGCUCCUCCUGGUUCAGUGGAAACAGAGGCACCCUCGCUCCUACAACAUGGUGACCCUCUUCCAGAUGUGGGUAGUGCCUCUGUAUUUCACGAUCAAGCUGUACUGGUGGCGGUUCCUGGUAAUCUGGGUGCUCUUCUCAGCAGUCACAGCUUUUGUCACCUUCAGGGCAACUCGAAAACCUCUGGUACAGACAACGCCCAGGCUGGUGUAUAAAUGGUUUCUACUAAUAUACAAGAUCAGCUAUGCCACUGGAAUCGUAGGGUACAUGGCUGUGAUGUUUACGCUCUUUGGUCUUAACUUAUUAUUCAGAAUCAAACCAGAAGAUGCGAUGGACUUCGGCAUCUCCCUCCUCUUCUACGGUCUUUACUACGGGGUGCUGGAGCGGGACUUUGCCGAGAUGUGUGCGGAUUACAUGGCCUCGACCAUUGGGUUCUACAGCGCCUCGGGGAUGCCCACCAAGCACCUCUCCGACAGCGUCUGCGCCGUCUGCGGCCAGCAGAUCUUCGUGGACGUCAACGAGGAGGGGAUCAUCGAGAACACCUACCGCCUCUCCUGCAACCACGUGUAUCCUUCUCCUCCGGAGCCAGCCCGUUCCCUCGCCGGCUCCGUGCCGGGGCUGGCAGCAGGGAGCUCCUGCCCCACGGCUUCUCCUGCCCCACGGCUUCCCCCACCCGGGGUGAAGAACCACCAGCCUUGGGCUGCUCUGCUGAUUUUGCACGUGAUCCUUGCCUGUGUCAUAGCUGACUUGGCAUGGAAAGAGGUGAAGUCCCUGAAAUCACUUCCUCGCCGCCUUCGUGUGUUGUUACAAGUGGUUGUUUCCUCUUCCUUCCCCUCUCCAGCUGCCCCCGCUCCGGGCUCUGACGGAGCCGCUGUGGAGCUGCGCUUCCCUUUCCAGCUGCCUUUACCAAAUCUGCUGGGACCUUGCCCCUGUGCCAGCUCUGGUGGGGUGAGAUAGGGACACGAAGUGUCCCCGGUCCAGCCGAGCUGGGCUGUCGCUGUCACGCUGGCCCCUUCUCGGAGAGCCAGCGCUUUGGCUGAGAGCUUCCGAAGGGAAGAGUCAGGGGGAAAACACCGCCUGUCCUACAUGGCAACCCUCAGAAAACAGCCCCCCCGGGUCUCGUGCUGCCGGUCGCUGCCUGCUUCAGCCGCAGCCCGGCAGCUUCCUCCUUCCCCAGAACUCCUCUGGUGACUCCGGUUGCACGUGGGGUUUCUGGCACCUUGGAAUUGCUCAGCCCUCCCCGUCAGCUGAUGGAUGCGCCGUCAGUUAUGAAAGUGGAAGUCCUGGUGGUGUCUCAGCUGGGAGGGAUCGCGGGGGGCGGAGGGGGGGGGGAAUUUUCCAGCGGUGACUCAGCUGUGGCGAUGGGAUGUCCUCUGGCACCGCUUGCGUUACUGGCUGCGAGGUGGUUUCCAAACUGGGCCUGAGCAAAGGUCAGGCCGGCAAAACUCGCUGCCUAAAUUUAGGUGCUGGAAACUGUUUGGCGAGGUUUACGCUGGCCUGGCCCCGGCAACCGGCCCCGCGGCGGGGUCUGUGCCUGCCUGUCACCCCGGGCUCUGCGGCAGCUCGGCGGGGUUGUGGCUGCGGGAGGGGUCAGUGCUCGUGGUGAUCCCCGGGGCUGGCUGGCAGCCCUGAACCACUUCGGUAGCCCUCCGCUCCAGGGCUGAGGAGGGAGCAGGUCCCGCUCCUGCUCUCCGGCAUUACCUUUGAGCAGCAGAGGCGUUUCCCUGGGGGAGUUUCCGUUUGCUCGGUGACACCCUGGUGCGUGGCAGUUUCCCGGCAGGCCCAGCAGCCUCUCCUUACCCCGGAGCUGCGCCACCUCAUGUUUCUGCAUGAUUUCUCCGGGCCGUGCUCAGGUUGGGCAAACCCUCGUUACCGUCUGCCGUGACGGCGCCUGGAAAUCAGAUCGUGGGAGAAAUUCCUUGAAUAUGUUGUUAAUGGGCUGGGAAGCCUUUGCAAGAGCCGUGUGUAACGCAGGCGGUCGGGUUCGCAGAGCUCUCCUGGGCUGGACAAACCUUCCCAAGUGCUCGAAGCCCCGGCAUGUCACAGCCAGGCAUGUCCCUGCCUGUCCUCUGCUGCCGGCUCUCGCCCUCGUAUCAAGGAGUUUCGCUGCAGCCGCUGCCUGUGCGGGUCUAACCCAGCCCCGGUGCGAGCGUGUGCCGGGCUACGUCUGCGCCGGGCACCGUCGGUGAAGGGUUUGUUGUCUCACCGGUGCCCGGCGCAUUGGUCACAGCCCUCGUGAUCCCUCCCCAUCCCACUGCCCCAUGAGCCCCUUCCGUUGUGCCUGGAAGGUGCUUGCGCCUUCUAGGAAAGGGCUGCGGUUGUGCAACGUGGCCGUCUAUGCACGGCAUGGGUGGUUCGUGUCCCCCGCACAGCGGCGUGGGGGUGACUUUGUUUAACCUCGAUGGGUUUCCUCCACGCUCGGUCCUGUCCCCCCUCCUCCAGCCCAGGCGGUUCCCCUUAACGUGCUGCU